AUGUACGCCGCUCAGAAUAUAACGCCAACAGUUUUGGAUGCCAUGAAUGGAAAUGUUUCCGAAUGGUAUAACGAAUGCGACAAUGCCAUUAGAAGGUCAGAAAUAGUUCCUGGAACUUACGAAUAUACAACUGCUGUUUCUUAUGGAAACGUAGGUGAGUUUGGAGAAGGUUCUUCAACAACAGUAGAUAUUGCUUGCGACAGGUUUCAUAUAAUUUCUAUUGACAACUCUUUCUUAUACGUGGAACAAGACAUUGAAAUAAAACCUUCUGCCAAGUUGUCUGACAAGAAAGGUUGCAAUGGAAUUUUCUAUGUCGGAUACCAAUAUGCUCCAGAAGUUUUCAUGGGAUAUAAGAUAUAUUCUAACUCUGACUUAGUUCAAACAGUAACAUGGGCAAACUAUGAAUGGUUCGCUUUGAGAAACUCAGUACAACCACAAGCUAGAGAACAAACAGACCAGUAUGCAACUAUUGAGAAAAUAAGAAGACUUGACCCUAACGUUCCAGGAGUUUAUGUUAA